AGUUCCUUAAGACAGCACAAUGGUGGGCGAAGUGAGAGAACGUGAUGCGGCUUUCCGCGGAAAUAAAAUGAUGAAAAAUGCUACAGUAGAAUCGAUGGUUGUUGAAGAUAGCAAAGAGCCUGAGAAACCAAUCGACCGAGAAAAGACGUGCCCCCUUUUAUUGCGAGUGUUCUGUAAUACAGGUCGUCAUCACCCUCUUAGUGAAUAUCUUAGAGGACAGACUCCAUCGAACGAACUCCAAAUAUACACAUGGAUGGAUGCCACAUUGAAGGAACUUACUGGAUUAGUGAAGGAGGUGAACUUAGACGCACGCAGAAAGGGGACAUACUUUGAUUUUGCUAUGGUUUAUCCUGACUUAAGACAACAGGUGUAUCGUUUACAAGAUAUUGGCUCCACACGUUCUGGCCACCGUGGUGCAGAUGAUAAUGUUACUUUGGCUAGUAAAAAAUUCACAAUUGGUGACUAUCUGGAUAUAGCAAUAACUCCUCCACGCUCAGGACCAUUGCCCAUCUCACGAAGAGGAAGACCCUACUAGUACUGACCAAAACAUUGUUUACAUGUAUAUGUUUCUUUUGAUAGCUCAUUUAAUCCAAAUCUCAUCAUUUAUUGGUUUCACAAUAAAAUCACAAAAGUUA